AUGCCUAAAAAGGUAAUCAUUGAUCAAGCAAAGAUUGAUUUUAAGGAGAUUGCAGAACUGCUUCAAGUACAUUCUUCAAAAUAUGUGGAAAUCAAUGGAAUAAUAAACGGACGACAUGCUGUUGGGACUCUGGCCCCACUAUUGAAAGCAUUUGCCUACAAGCAAUCGACGGCUCUUCAAGAGGUAUGCAUUGAAAUGGAUCCCGUAUGUCAUUACGAAGUGCUCCUAAUUAGCCAAAUGAAAACAUUAAAAAAUGUAGAGUGUCAAUUCAUGGAUCCUCGAAGCAUAAAGCUCUUGGCUAGUCUGCCUCUUCUUCGGGAAUUGCGCAUCAAGUCGGUGAGUGAUUUGAAUGACGUUAGGGAAGGCGUUUUGAGUGUUCUGUUGGGGUGCGGAAAUGAAGUGUCUGUUAUUCGAGAGUACCGUGAGAUUACGUACAUCAAGGAUAUUCAGAAACUUAAACUUGUAAACACCUCCUACGAAGACACGGACUACAACGCUGGGGACUAUGCGCUGCUGGCUGGGCUGCCUCCUCUGAAUACUCUAUAUAUAGAGGGAAUGCACAUGGUUGGCUCAUUUGCAGGUUUAUUCCAGGCACUUGCAGAAGUCGAGAAUUCAGCUCUUCAGGAAAUUCAGAUUGUGCAGAGCAACAUUAGCUAUUCGUUUCCAAAGCCCAUGAUCAACAUAGAUGAAGCCAAUGCGAUUGCGAAAAUAUUGACGCUGAAAAAACUAAAAUGUGGAUUCAUUGAUGACAAUAGCAUUGAGGUCCUGGCGAAGCUAACAGCGCUUGAGGAGCUUUUUAUAACAACUCAUAAGCAGGGCUCCCUUACACCGUUCUUCAAGGCUCUAUCUCUGCGAAAGUCGUCAAAUCUCCGAUGUUUGAUCAUAGAGGAGUAUCAACUUACUGGUGAAGAAACAGCUCAAGUCUCAAAUGUUAAAUCAUUGAAGAGAUUGGAAUGUGGAUUUGAUGGGCAUAAUAUUGAAUCGCUGGCUCAGAUGAAUGAACUGGAAGAACUUGUUAUAACAUCAAUAGAAAAAGAAAUAUUAGCGCAAUUAAUUGAAAUAUUGGCUGCUGCAGGUCCACGCACGCUUCGCCUCCUGAAUAUAAUAUCCACACCCAUUGACCUUAGCGACUCCCAGUUUCUUGUUGAAAUUAAAAAUUUGGACAGUUUACAGUGUACCUUCACUCACAAUGAGAGCGUUGAGCUUCUGCGUGAGCUGAAGUACCUUCGUGAUCUGUCCUUGCACUUAAUGCACCACAAGUCGGACAACGAUAGCAUUAAGUGCAUUGCACAGUUCAACAGCUUAACUGCUCUUGAAGUCGUAUCAACAGAGGUUGGAUCCCUAACGGGCCUCCUCAAGGCGAUGUCGCUAAGGUCAAACCAGAUAUUACAGAGUCUGGAUAUUACAAAAAGUGAGGUGAGCCCUGAAGAGAUUCUGGAAAUAAGCAAAAUAAAUUCACUCCGCAGACUAAAGUGUGGAUUGGCUAAAGAGGAAAGCCUGCAAAGCUUAAUAUAUUUGAAAGACCUGGAAGUGCUCGAGAUCACUACGUACCAUGACUAUUAUGAUAUUUCCCAACCUCUUUUACGGAUUUUAGAGGCGUGCUCCAAAAUGAAAACCAUCCACUUUUAUUUCGGCACACGAUUUGCAUGUGUGGAGUUUAUAAGUGCAGCCUUGAAGAUCCUUAAAGAGGUCCGGGACCCCAUUGCACAAGGUCCGUUAGAGUUUCGUGUUCCAUAUUACUCCGGCCUAACACCGGAAAUGUGCAUUAAUGGGCAUUUAGUAGUCCAUCAUGCAGAUUCUAUCUUCGUUCUGCGAAAGGAUUGCCAAAGCAUGUUUGAGUUCACUGUGAGCAGUUCUCCGCAUUUUGGCAUUUAA